UCACUCAGGCACGAAACCCAACGACUCACGCUGCUAAAUGGUUUUAAUGGUUUAAGGAGCAGUAAACUAGAUGAUAAAUCGAUUUUAAUGGAUGUUUCGACUUUUUAAUGAUAAAGUUUGAAAACCAGUGUGAAACGUUAAUAUUCCACACGACCUUUGUUUCUAAUGUAGGUAUAAUGUUUUACUGUUACUGUAUUUGAUAGUUUUUACUGUAUUUAGUAUUCAGUUGUUGGCGUCAGUAUCAGCUGAACUGUAUACGACCUGAAAAUGGCACGUGCAUCACACUGGAAAAGAUUUUCAAGACCCGCAACCCAAACAAGCACCAAGGUGCACCUGACUGAUGGGGAUAUAAACACGUGGAUGAAGAAGGUAGAGAUGGCGUCGGAGUUCGCUGUAUCUCAAGUGUUAUCCUCACAGAAACCACGCUCUGGUAAACCGAACACGGCUUUAGCCCUGCAAAGCAUGGAUCAGCUCCAGGACCAUGAUGAUGCGUAUGGUGAAGCACAGUCUAUUCUUAGCGACUGGAUGAACAAGAAGCUGCGCCUAGAGCUUGAACUGGAUGAAGAAGAGGACAAGGAAGAGGAAGAGCAGCCUGCAAACCUAAACUAUAAAAACUUUAAUGACAUGUAUUCCCAACUUUUGUCUGAAGAUGAGAGCUUUGAGGUGCGCCAUUUCCUCCAGGACUUGAUGGAGACAGAUGUGAUGGACUGCAAGACAGUGCAGGGUCUCCAGCUGGACAUGGGGAACGAGAAGAAGAGAAGCCGCGACCAAUGCGUCACUAUGGACAUACGGCACAAGCAGGUCAAGGAGCGGCGUGCACAGAGGGACGUGGUGCGGGAGAGGCAACGCAAGGAGCAGGAGGCUCGGAGGGAGGCGCUGGAGGAGGCUAAGCGUCUGGAGUGCGAGGAACAGAGGAGGAGCAAACUGGAAGCUCAGAGACAAGAAGAGCUUUUGCAGCAGGAAGUGGUGCGCCUGCGCAGAGAAAUGCAGGAGAAAAGGAACAUGGAGCAGCGGGCACGAAAGAGGGAGCGAGAGAGGCUAGUGAAACCAAACACUGUCACAGACUCCAUCGCACCAAAACCUGACCAUGUCACACAGAGGCAGCUGAGCCACAGAGAGCGAGAAGUGGAGGCCAAGGCUCACAUUCUCAACCUGCAGCGCAUGCAGAAGCAUUUCUCUGCCUGGUACUCUGUGGUGUUAGAGAAAAGGGUGCAACUGGGUAAAGCAGCGGCACUUUGUGAUUGGAGGAGGCAACUGAGGGCAUGGCAGGCGUGGAGGGCGCUGGUGUGGGUGAGGAGAAAAGAGAGAGAAGCUGAGAGGAUGGAGGAGGAACUGAGGCUGGAAAACAGGCACUGUCAGCUAGCAGAGGAGAGCGAUCGAAGACGGCUCCUGAGGCGCUGCCUGAGUGAUUGGCAUUUGUGGUGCCGAAUGGAGAGAGGCCGGAGGGAACUGCUCAGCCAGCAGGAAGAAACCAGGCGGAAAAUGGCUGCCCUGAUCGAUGCAGCUGCUUCAGGGAAACUAACAACCAAGAAAUGCACUGACUCGCCAAUCACAAUCCAGCCAGAAACCGUGAACCAAUCGGAAAACAACACAGCCCAGGUACCAGCACAACGAGCCACCUCGGCUCUUCCUCCACCCACUUUGACUGACAGGAGAGAAGCCCCACCCUCUCAGGCCUGGCAAGUGACUCGUCGACACGCUGCACUUUCUUUAGCUGAGGUUCGGGAGGGGCGGAAACUGAGUGUCGCCCCCCACUGUCCGGGCACAGAAAUGAAUGGCGGACAUUUUGAGCAUCGUCACAUGGCUCAGCAGAGGAUUAUUACAGAGCAAAAACGCAUCCUUAAAGAACAGCAGGAUAUGAUCUCCGAGCUGCAGGAGAGACAGAAACUACAGGAACUCCGGGAGGAAGCAGAAAAAGCUGAACAGCUGGCAGUCCAGCUCAAACCAUCAGUACCUCAGAAUGUUGUAAAGACAAGAUCAAAAGGAGCCACGGGCGGAAACAGCGCCAGUCGUCCUGCACCUAAAGAACAUGACAGUCGUCUGGCCAGCCUUCAUCCUGCAGUUCGAGCCAUGACGGAGCGAGCUCAGCAGCGUGAAGAGCGCAAGAAGGAGGUAGAGGAGAUGAAGAGGAGGCGGGAGGAGGAGAAGCUGGCUCAGAUGAAGGCGGAGGAGGAGGAGAGACUGAGGCUGGAGGAGGAAGCGAAACGAAUAGAGGUCGAAAAAAAGAGGGAGGAAAGGAGACAGAAAAAGCAGAGGGAGUUGGAGAAACAGAGAAGAAUGGAGCUGGAGCAGAAUUUGUUAAAGCAGGCCAGAGAGCAUUACCAUCGAUCCCUGCUGGUACACAGGGGAAUAACACCAUGGAGGCGGCUGGUGGAGCAAAACCAAGCCAAUGCUCAGAAAGCUGAGGAGCAUCAUGCCCAGGUUGUACGAAGACGCUGCUUUCUGUCUUGGUUACGCACAACAAGCGAGGCCCUGGACGAAAAAAAGAGACGCGCAGACCAGCUGUACGAGUGCCUUCUGCUCCGGCGAGCUCUACACAGCUGGAAAAUGUAUAAGCACCUGCAGUCUCAGCUGGAGAUACGAGCGGAGAGCUUCUACACUACUCGGACUCAAAGGAAGGUCUUCAAGGCACUGCUGGAUCUCACAAUCCAACAGAGACUGGAGGCUUGGGACAAAGAGCGUCAGGCUGCCGAGCACCGUUCCAGGCAAGUUAUGAGCAGAUGUUUCGUUGCUUGGCGGCGUCUCCCGGAGGCACUGCAGGAAGAAAAAGAGCGAGAGGAUCGGCGAGAGCAGCUCAGACGCAAAGUGGCCGAGAUCCUCCCAGAUUUCCGAUCCACGCCGCCGGAUGCCAUAUGGAGCUCCGCGUCGCGCGUCUAACAAAAACAACACACCCACAUGCACAUUUUUACUGAAAAAUAAAUUGCUGGAAAUCUUUUUUCUUUUGUGGUCCGUCUGAGCAGCUCGUCACUGAUGCAUCACUGUACAAAGAUCAGAACAAACACUGCUUGGAGGAAACCGGUGUUUUACCAUGAAUGGUUUUUAUACAUUUUAUUUCCCUUUUGCUUGUUUGUGUUUUACAGAUUUUCUCAGUUGCAUUGGAACAUUUUUCAGAUCAGAAAUUAAACUCUUAAAACUAA